AUGGCUGACACUGAAGAGAACCGUGAGCGUCAGCUCAAUGAAAUCACGCUGCUCGAGACUAUGUACCCAGAAGAAAUACGCAUCAUCAAAAACCCGCAAGGGCCUGACGAGGACUUUGAACUCGAAAUUCAGCUAGACACCGCCCACAGUCUGUCCUUCGUACUCCCAUGGCUCUAUCCAACGUCAUCGCCGCCACACGUCUUCGUUUCCUUCGGACCCGGGGUCCAGAAUGACGAUCGAAAGCAGCUGCGCGCGCGCCUGCGUGAGAUUGUCGAUCGGCAAGUUCCAGGGAUCGAGUGUGUGGACCUGAUCGUUGGCGAUUUCAAGCAAGCCCUUGAAGAUUUUGAGUCCGAUCGUCAGGCCCAGGCGGCCCAACAUGCGGCUCCCCGGCCCACGCAUAAAACAGAAGAGGCCGAAGGGCUAAGGGUGGUCUUGUGGAUGCAUCAUCUGCUCGCUACUAGUAAGCGCCGCGCGAUCGUGCAACUGUCGAAAGAGUUAUCACUUGCUGGUUACUCGAAGCCUGGUUACCCAGGGAGCGUAUACGUAGAAGGAGAAGCGAGCAACGUCAGAUCCUUUGUAGAUGAACUCAAGUCGAUGCGGUGGCAAGCCAUCCAGGAGCGGGCGUCAGAGGUGACUCCUGUGCCUGCGUUAACCCUGAUAUCUUCCGGGCAAAUCGGCGUUGAAGAAGUCCAAGGCCUUGGCGAUAUUGUCGAAAACCUCAAGUCCAGAGGCGAUAGGGGACCAGAAGUGGCGACUUUCUACGUUGAGGGCAUGAGGAUCAAAUGAGGCAUAUGACCAAAAGCUGCCCAAAGAAGUUAAACAAGGUAAUCGAGGCGAACCGCCGCCAUCAGCCAUAAGAUACACCUAUAGAC